UCUGUGUCAGAGCUCAGAGGCAGCAGAGGGCUGUGUGACGGUGAAGUACAGCCUGGCAGGUCAUCCCUCUGAGAACCAGCUGCACUUCAGUCUCAGCCCUGCAGAGGACACUGGGCUAACAGUCCACAGGUUGGGUGCUCGGACUCUGAUUCGCUCCCUGGAGAUGGAUGAGAGAGAGAACAGAGGACAGCAAGAUGGAGGAGUGAAGGAGAAGGUGGUGCAACUCAGUGUCCAAUCAGGAGUGAGCAGUUCUUUCACUGCCUUCAUUGCUGUCAACAAAGACAACAGCGAAAUGAUUCAAGGACCUCUUGUGCGCAGAAAUAUUCCAACACCCCGUGUCUUCGCCAUGGCAUGUAGGAAGAUGGCCAGGCCAAUGUGUGCUCCAGUGCCCAUGAGUAAGUAAAAAGUGAAUGACAAUACACCACAUAU